CAAGUAUUGCGCAACGCCUUGUCAAGUCUUUAUAUUAGCACCUGCAAUGGCACUAGAAUCACUAAGUUUCACUUUGUCUUCAUCAGUGGAUAGAUAGCAUGCAACUAGGCCACUAAACGGAGUCACGAGCUUUAUUCACUCGGUCCAUUUGACUAUAGAUUAUAGGAGGAGUCAUGUGAAAUAUAAUAUAUUAAAAUCGAAAUUCCAGUUCAUACCGAGAACGAAACUGCUAUUCUAAAGUUUAAAGGGAAGUAGCCUAGAACAGAAAGCAUUACCUCAGUUUCUGUUAAUGGUCUGCGAAAAUACACAAUAUAAUCUUGGAAUUGACCUCCACACUCACAGCUGAAACAUGAUGAAGAUGACCCCACUGUUUAUGUUCCUCGUACUCUCUGCAACCAAAGAGCUGUUCAGAGGAGGCUGUGCGUUAUGUGACUCUCCUCCAUCUUCACAUAAGUCUGUUGGUGUCCGGGAGGGAGAGAUGGCAGUGCUAAAGUGCGGACUGUGCACCACCAUGGCAGGGCACAGGGAGGGGAACCUGACCCUGGCAUGGAGCAACCACUCUGGGCCUGGGGAGCUUCAGGAGCCUGCGGUGUGGAUGUCUGAAGACACUCUCGUCAUCCUGAGGGUCUCUCCCAACCAACAGGGGUCCUACUCCUGCUCACUACUCAACGCCAGUGGCCAGCCCCUGAGAACAGUGUGGUUUAACAUCACAGUGUUCUCUGGCCAGUGUUACAUAGAUAUGAAUGUGUAUCAAGCCACGUGCUAUCUGAGACAGUCCUGUGAAAAGUUAACCUGCACGUCAGACAGCGUCCCACAAAACUUCACAAAACAUAAUUAUACGUGGUACAAGAACUGUGACACAGAGUUACGCUCUGACUUUGGCGAUGGAUACCUGACGAGUGCUUCUGAAAGUGACAAUGGUUACUAUACCUGCACUUCAUACUACACAUACAACUCAAAGCUCCAUGAUGGACAGGUGUUUACCUUGUCCAGAACGAUGGAGCGGACAGUUAAAGAAGGAAGUUCCCCGGUUAUGCCAAAGAUCAUCGAACCUCGGGAUGGGGAGGUUAUUGAAGUAGAUAUGGGAUCUACUGUGGUGGUGGUCUGCAGGGCUGGCCUGUCCUCUGAAUCUGACCAAUUAUACUGGCUGGAAAACAGAUCUUUUGUGGAGGACAACCAGACGACCCUACCAGUGUUUUAUAACGUUUCACAAGAGAAUGACCAUCACCAGGCAUCGCUGGUGAUCAGUCAGGUGUCAGAGGAGCAGCUGAGGAACACAUACACCUGUCAACUGGAUUCUUCAUCUGGGAACGACAAGGUCUCCAUCACCUUCCAACAGAAGAGUCCACCCCAGUUCCACUUCCUGGUGCUGGGUAUAGUGGGGGUCUUUGUCGUAACGGUGGUGGUGGUGACUGUUGUCUAUGUCAAGCUGAAGGUGGACAUCAUUCUAUUUCUCAGAGAUGAUCUGGGUUGGCAUCAUCACAACGUCUCUGAUGGGAAGCGUUACGAUGCCUAUGUGUUGUGUUAUAAGAGUGACACAGAGUCAGGUGUCAGUGAGGAGGACAGGCGUCAGGUGGAGGAGGUGCUGGAGGAGCAGUAUGGUUACAGCCUGUGUCUCUACGACCGUGACGUGCUCCCUGGGGAGGCGGUGGCUGAGGCGGUGCUGGGGUGUAUAGAGCAGAGCCGGAGACUGAUCCUGGUGCCCAGCAGUCUGGGGCUGAACCCAGGGCAGGACAGCCAGUAUAGUCUGCUCACUGGGCUCCAUGCUGCACUGGUGGAACGGCAGACCUGGCUAAUCCUCAUCCAGACAGAGUCAGCCCCAGACAGCCAGGUGGAUCUGAAGCUGGACUCCCUCCCUGAGGCCCUGCGGCUGCUGGCCCAGUCAGGACACACCGUCACCUGGAGGGGCUCCCACUCCAAACCCCUGUCCUCAGCCUUCUGGAAGGAGCUGCGUUACCGUAUGCCUGCCACGACCAGACGGCGCCCCCCGAAGGACGAGAGGACCAUUCUUGGUAUGGUGAUCCACGUCUAUGUUGAGGUGCUGGAGAGGGCCAGCCUGGGGUGCAGGGACACAGAGGAGAACAGAGUCACACUGGUUCUGGGCAAAGGUGGCAGGAUCCCAUGUCCUGGGAUCAAAUGUCGGACACAGAGGUCAGAGGUCACAUGGUACAAGGAUGCCAGGCCUGUGUGUGAGAUACAGGAUAAGAGGACUAUCUCUGUGGUAGACCGGUAUACUCUUCUGCUGGGUACUGUCUAUGUGAGUGAUGCUACAGUGUAUUUCUGUGACUACACCUACGAAGACAACGGGAUCCCCUGGACAGUCAGGAGAUCUGUUAAUGUCUCGGUCAUACCCGCUGACACCAAAUACCCUCCACAGAUUACUUAUCCCCAUGGCAACGAAGAGGGCGUGGAGCUGGGGGAGCCUCAUAAUCUGAGCUGUCAGGUGCAUUUUGGAUUCCAGAGGACCUUUGACCCAGUGGUCCAGUGGUGGAUCAGUUCCCAUAGCAACCAUGAAGGCAUGAUGAAACUGAUGGAGAUGGAAGCACAGCAGGUGAGGGAAAGGAGUAUUGAAGAGUUUGAGUUCACGGUCACCAGGACAGCUCAAAUCCCGGAGGUGACCCAGCUACACCUGGACUCCACCUUCACCUGUCUGGCCCAGAACUCUGUAGGCAACAGCAGCGCCACCAUCAGGCUGACAAGGAAAGCUGCAGUUUCCCGUGUGCUGGUGAUAGUGUGUCCGGUGGUGUCUCUGCUGUUUGUAGCUGGGAUGGGCAUUACAGUGCACGUCUACUGGCUAGAGAUCUCUAUUCUCUACAGAAUCUACCUCCCAUACAAACAGACCACCACAGAUGACAAGGAAUAUGAUGCCUUUGUGUCCUACGUGCCCAGCUCUUCCUCUGAGGAGGCGGGGGGAGGAGGAAGAGAGGAGGCACUGGAGGUGCUCCUGCCCAGGGUUCUGGAGGGGCAGUGGGGCUACCACCUCUUUCUGCUAGAGAGAGACCUGCUGCCGGGCGGAGCGUAUACAGAGGAUGUGGUGUGUGCGAUCCGCAGCAGCAGGCGACUGGUGUGUGUCCUGAGUCCUGACUACCUGGCCAGUACCUGUCUGUUUGAACUGGAGACAGGCAUCAGAGCCUUACAACAAGACCCACACUUCAAACUCAUCCUCAUCUGGACCAGCCCCAACCGCAACCCCAGUCCUAGCCCCACCAUCCCCAACCCCAGUCCUAGCCCCACCAUCCCCAACCCCAGUCCUAGCCCCACCAUCCCCAACCCCAGUGCUAGCCCCACCAUCCCCAACCCCAGUCCUAGCCCCACCAUCCCCAACCCCAGUCCUAGCCCCACCAUCCCCAACCCCAGCCCUAGCCCCACCAUCCCCAACCCCAGUCCUAGCCCCACCAUCCCCAACACCAGUCCUAGCCCCAGCACCACCAGCCCAACCAGCAGCAGGCCUCUAUCUCUACCCCUGUCUCACACCCUAGGCAUGGUGACUCCAGCCUCACCGAUGCCCCCACUAGUUCGGAGGGCCAUCAGAGUCCUGCCUGCUCUGCACUGGACCCCCAGGACCAGGGAAGGAUGAUAACUAGCUCCAACUCUGGAUCACGGUUCUGGAGAUCCCUCCACAAGGCCAUGCCAGCCCAGAGUGGGACUGGGACAGACACACAGACACUGUUAGACAGACACACAGACACCCAGGACAGAGGGACUGUUUUGUAGGCGUUAGGGCAGUUCUCCAGUAACUUGACACCUUGUAUAUAUAUUUUUGGGGGUUGAGGGACCUGUGGUUUCAUGGUUGUUGCUUCUAAGAAUGUGUUGUUACCUCCUGGAACCUGGUAAUGCAGUGGUUACCAGGUUCCAGGAGGUAAAUAGCAGUCAAAGCAGUGGUUCCUGGUAAAUGUCAGUCAAUGCAGAUCCUGGGUGUAUUCUUUUUUCAGUAAUUGGUCUUUUAAACCAACCAGGUCAGGUUUUUUUCUCCAAUAACUGUGCUAAAGAUCAGAGUUUUUGGACCGUAGCAAAACCUUUGGCAAACGGAAAAUGUUUUGCCCACGAAAACUACUUUCUAUUGGACAAAUUCAGGUUCCGUCCCAGUUUCUCUUGCUUCUGUUGAGUUCUGUUUGUUUCCUAGUUAAUACACCCCACUAUUUAUUUAUAUUACAAACUAACUACAGUACAGAGAAGGAUGUAACAUACUUGCAUUAGCUACAGUUAAAGACAGCUGUUGACAGCCGAAUAAUUCGUUUCCUGAUGAGAGGAAAAAAUGCUUACGUCAUGUCUUUCCAUUUUGAAAGAAUAUAAUAGCACAGAUGGAACAAUAAGACCGAUAUUUCACCGGGUGUAUAAAUGUGAAGCAUCCACUUGUUCUGCCCACUACGGCUCAUUCAUUCCCCUUUUGAAACGACAGGGUGUGGUCUAUCUUGGUUUAGUUAUAACGAUCUUUGAUAAUACUGUCCUCCGCUCCUCUUCUUAUACCCAGUAACAUCAUCAAGAUUGUCAUUGAGGCUUUACAUUAUUUAUGCAUUUGAAGAAUGUAUAUGAUACACCGGUAUGUGCAUUGUGGUUCAAUAGCUUUUUUUUGUGUGCAUAAAUAUCAUUAAAAAAUACAUUUCA